CGGCUGGCGGCGGCGGUGCAGGAAGGGCCGGUGCCGGCGUUCCCGCCCCUCCCGCGCGGCUGCAGACGCUGACGUCGGACAAGGGAGCUGGAGGGACGCUCCGAGCGCGGCCCGAGGCUCCCGGGCCGGGGCUCCGAGGUUUAAUAUAUAACGUAUCCUCUCGUGCUUUUUCUGUGCCCCUUUUCCCAUAUUGUCGACAGUUGAAAAGGACGAAAACAUGUCAGGACAAAAAUGUGGUUAUUCCUGGGACUUACAGGACCGAUAUGCUCAAGAUAAGUCCGUUGUCAAUAAGAUGCAACAGAAGUAUUGGGAAACCAAGCAGGCCUUCAUUAAAGCCACAGGGAAGAAGGAAGAUGAACAUGUUGUUGCCUCCGAUGCAGACCUGGAUGCCAAGCUAGAGCUGUUUCACUCAAUCCAGAGAACCUGUUUGGACUUGUCUAAAGCAAUUGUACUUUAUCAAAAGAGGAUAUGUUUCUUGUCUCAAGAAGAAAAUGAACUGGGAAAAUUUCUCCGAUCCCAAGGCUUCCAAGACAAAACCAGAGCAGGAAAAAUGAUGCAAGCCACAGGAAAGGCACUCUGCUUUUCUUCCCAGCAAAGGUUGGCCUUGCGCAAUCCUUUGUGUCGAUUUCACCAAGAAGUGGAGACCUUUCGGCAUCGAGCCAUCUCAGACACGUGGCUGACAGUGAACCGCAUGGAGCAGUGCCGGACAGAGUACAGAGGGGCGUUGUUAUGGAUGAAGGAUGUGUCUCAGGAGCUCGAUCCAGACCUUUACAAGCAGAUGGAGAAGUUUAGAAAGGUACAGACACAAGUACGCCUUGCAAAAAAAAAUUUUGACAAAUUGAAGAUGGAUGUGUGUCAAAAAGUAGAUCUUCUUGGAGCAAGCAGAUGCAACCUGUUGUCUCACAUGCUAGCCACAUACCAGACCACUCUGCUCCAUUUUUGGGAGAAAACUUCUCACACUAUGGCAGCCAUCCAUGAGAGCUUCAAGGGCUAUCAGCCAUAUAAGUUCACCACACUAAAGAGUUUGCAAGACCCUAUGAAAAAACUCGUUGAGAAAGAAGAGAAGAAGAGGAUUGCCCAGCAGGAUAGCACAGAGGCAGCAGGCCAGGAGCCACGUCAAUUAAUUUCAUUAGAAGAUGAAAACCAAUGCAAGGAAUCCUCCAGUUUUGACACUGAAGAUGAAAAAAGUAUUUUAUCUACUUCAGACAAAACUUCUACCCAAAAUGCACGUUCAGGACCUAUGGAUGAACUGUUAGACAUGAAACCUGAGGAAGGUGGGUUCACACUGGACAGAAAUGGGCCACAACUGUCCUGUCAGCCUCAAUGCAUCAAGGUAGAUAGCUCGGGCUAAGUUUGAUGUGGGCUUAACUCACAGAAUGCAAGAGAAUGAAGUCUCUGAGAAAUAGAGAGGACAUUUAUGAAAGGUUUUUCAGAUGUGGGAAACACACUCUAUGUUCUUUUCAGGGCUUAGGAAUAUAAACUGGAGAGCAAACAUUUGUUUUCUAGAUUAGUGUCCUACUGGAAGUCAUAGGCAGUGCAAUACUUCAUGAAUGUCUGUGCGAAUUUCAUCAAAAUGACUAGUCAUUUGUAAAUAUGGAAAUCAUACUGGUAAUGAAAUUAACAAGUAUGCAGUGAGUGCAGAUUGUCACAUGUGGCCUCCAUUUUUAAAAAAUUCCCUACCAAAAUGACCCAAAGAAAACAACACAAUGAGCCCUAGGUGCAUGCCACCCAUUGAUAGCAAAUCUUAACAUUUAAUAAAUAUAUUUAUCAUCAUGUAUGUGAUUCAGCUUAAUCAAUAUUUUUGUGGUAUGAACCCAGGCUAUUAGACUGAACUAUAUCCCCAGAUCUUUUUUUGUUAGUGAGAUAGGGGAUUGCUAAGUUUCCCAGCCUGAGUCAAACUUGCUGUCCUGUCUCAGCCUGCAAGAGUGCUAGGAUUAUAGGCAUAAACUGCCAAGCCCAGCUCCAAUUUGUCCUUUUCUGGGGGAGGGAUGAGAUAGUCUUGCUGCCUAUUCCAGGCUGGACUGAAACUCACUAUGUAGUCUGGGAUGGCUUUGAACUCACAAAGAUCCUCCUGCCUCACCCUCCCAAGUGCUGGAUUUACAGGUAUGUGCCUCCCCUACCCAGCUUCCAAUAUCUUCUUCAUGUGACGUAUCUCUGGCUUUUAUUAUCACCCUAUUUAAUUUUGUUAUUUUAAUAGAUCUAAUUUUGCUCACUAUAUCCCCAUCAGUCAAAAAAUAAAAUAUUGUAGCAAUAAAAAUAGUACCAAAAACUCUUACUCUAGUUCUUUUUUUUCCCAGUUCUCAUUUCCCCCAUUGCGCAGUGAUCCUUCCAGUGUUUAUCUUCAAACAGAGCAAAGAUGAGUCUAUCUCCUUGUGUUUCCCUUUCUUACCAAGACAAAAAGAAAUACACACACACACACACACACACACACACACACACAGGUCCCUGGCUUUGACUUUGGAUUUUUUUUUUAACAUGGUAGUUAUGGCACAAGCAGGAACCCAAUAGCCAACGUUCUUGACACAAUUACAUUGGAAACUUGCUUGCCUAAGAUGCAUGCUGGAUUUCAUGAGCUUAUUUAAUAGCAUAUGCCAAGAUCCACUGGAAUAACAUUUGUAUUUUUCUACUUGUUUAAAACAACUUUCAUACAUUGUCAGGUGGUAUAUAGUUGCUUUUGUAGAACAGCAGCUGGUAUCUCCUGGAGGGCCACUCAGUUUAAUUCUAAAGAUAAAGAAUGUGCUCUUCCCUAACAUGCGUACUUGUUCUCAGGCAGAGAGAUGGAUUCACAGAUCUUCUCAAGUAAAUGUAACGCCACAUAAUUCCUGCCCUCCUUUAUCACUACUGAGCCAGGGAGCCCUUCUUGAGGCGUGAGCAAAGCUUUCCCACUACUACCUCUCCUGUGGUGUCAGCCCAAGGGCAGUGGCAGCUUAAACAGUCCCCUAGCCAUGGGUAUAAAUAGAUCCUGUCUGCACCCAGAGAAUUUGCAGUGACUGAUGAGAAGAAUGCUCAUUAAUGUGUUGACUUCGAAAUGUGGCCCUUUGGAAAACUGCUGGAAGGCCCAAAUCCUGAAUUAAAAUGCUGGUUAUAAUAUGGAAAACAUUAAGUAGUCAAGAAAUAAAAAGAACUUAAUCCAGGGAUGGCUAACUUUAUAGGAUGAGGGUUAUAAGCGCUAGCACCCUGCUGUCUGGAGGCUGAUUCCCUCCCAGUGGUAAUUCUGUCAGACAUUAGCAGAUCUGGCUAUAGUACUAUCAGAAGGCAGACUGCAAUGACAAUUGUAAUGAUUCUCAACCAGGCCCACCGAACCACUCAGAUUCAGUGUCAUAAUAAAAUUUGCUUUCUCCUACUAAAUGAUAAUGUAAUGGAAGAACAACACGUUAGCAGACUUUAUGAAAAUGUUCUAAGUGGAAAACAACUUUUAAGUGGCUCUGAAAUUGCUUUAUGACCGUGUGUGACAAUCAUAUUGCAUGAGUUAGAGAGAAGCCUUUUGUUUCUCAAAGUUGGACCAAGAAAAAAAAAAAAAAAACUAGCUUGUUACUGAACAAAGCAUGAUGGUGUAAAGCAGACAAGAAUUCAGUGAACUCAGUUCACCUAAAACCCUACCCGUUGGCCUCACCCAGAAGAUCCUGAGUCAAGAUUACCUGAGCCAAUUUAAAAACUUGUUUGUCUAUAUUGCAAUAGAAUGUUCAUCUUCUGUUACUUUCUUUGUUAUUACUCAUGAUUCUAAAUUCUAGCCAUGUAUUGGAACAACAGCUCAUUCAGUAGUUACCAGAGGCCUGACUGAGAACCUAUGGGCCGUGGCAAUCACACCUGUUUAUCAAUGUGUGCCUUCCUCCUAGACAUCCAGAUCUGUCCCCUACCAGUGUCAUGUAUUCGGAUGUGAUUACAUCCUGACAUGGACUAUAGCUAGUUCAUCAUCAUUUGUUGUAAGCUUUUUCUCUCUCAGUAUUCUGCAAUGUGUUACUGGCUUUGGUCCUUUCAUGGAAUAAUGAUAUACUCUUUUUUGGUGGUGCUGGGGAUUGAACCUAUGGCUUUGUGCAUGCUAGUCAAGCUUUUAUCCACUGAGCAAUAACCCCAGCCCAAUAGCCAUAUAUAGUCAAGUGCUGUUCUUAUUUAAUCACCAUCUACUCAAAAGUGUUACAUGUAGAUUUAUUCCUGUAAAGACUGUCCUCAGCCCCAUGCUACAUGUCUGUCAGUAAGAUUCUUUGAUUGCUAAGAUCUAAUACUAAAAAUGGAGGAACAGGCUCAAUAAUAACAAGUUAUUUGUUUAGUUGUUUGUGUAUUUGUUUUUAUAGACUACUCAGGUCUAAUACUAUUGAAUUGUGGGGUUUUAUUUUUUUCAGAGAUGAUCUGUUAUUAUAAUCUGGGUCUUGUUGGUUUUGUUUUUAAACCAGAAAGGGCUUUUUAGAAGCAAGCAGCAUUCUUGAGUUCCAAAAAUACAGUUUGUUACCAGAGCCCUGUGUAAUGAAGAAUAUUUUUCUGGUUAGACACUUUAGGAAGGUGGUUUUCUUCUCAACUGCCCCUUACUCUGCUUUGGGUGAUGUGAGGAUAGUGUUGGUGUUUGGGGUUUUCGUCUGCUCUGCAAAUGCAUGGCCUUUGAGAUUAGUCAUCAUGCGGAAGGCAGAGGCAAGGGAGAAACCCAGAGCAGGAGUCUUCCUGUUUCACACACAGAUGAAGGUACACCAAGUGACAUUUAUCUGUUUUCCUGUGCUCUCAUUUUCAGUCUACGCAGUUAUGUUUCCAUCUUCUGUGUCUCUAACUUAUGCUGAGAUCAUGAAACUCGGUAUGAUUUCAGAAAUACUACGUGCACAACUGUCUCGAGUUUCCCACACUCUGUCUGAACUUGGGAGCUUCCUUUGUGUUUGAGUGUUCAUGACAUAGAGAUCACUGAUUCAGGGUCAGUUCCUCUAGGGAUGUUUUCCCAAGGGCACGGGUUCUUGUUUGUGGAACUCAGGAGGCCCAGGGUAAACAAGCCCUGUGAAUCUGCCAUCUGCCCGUUCUGCCAUGUGCCUGCAUGAAGCCCGGCUGGAGGCAGAGCCCUCUGACCUGAUAGUUCCUCAACACUUAACUUUUUAUUUGAAAUCCUAACUAUCUUCUAAAGUAAAAGCAGGGUGCCGACGGAGAAAGCAUCUUGACCUGUGGGUCAGGGAUCCUCUGCCAGAGACUGUGUAAUGAAUAAAUUAUACGUCCUUGGGUAGGUCAUCCACCCUGGGUCUUUUUCUUCAUCUGUAAAAUGAAUUAGAGAAGAUGGUCUCUACAAACUGGUAUGGCUGCAGAAGAAAGAUUGCAUAUGAUUCUCCUGGAGAGAAAGCAGCAGGUUCCCAGGCAGAAAGGCAGGAAAGUGUCCUGAGCACUGGAGGCACAGUGGGCUGCCCAGGACACAGCAUGGCUAGGUGGCCAGAGCACUGCAUGAGCGCUUGACUACAGACAUCCUGGAUGCCACUGUCAGGAGUGCUGCUCUGCUAGGUGGCCAAGAAUUGCUGCUUAGGGUUUCAAAGUAAGAGAUGGGUCUGACAGCUGGGCUGAGCAAAGGCGUGCAGGAGGUGUCUGCCUUGUGGAGAGACAGCAGCCUCACCAGUAGCCACACUGGGAAGGGGGCCAGAUAGAAAAGAACUUGGAACCAGGAGGGAGACUUGAGAUCUCCCAAGGUGAGAUGGGAAGCAUGAGAACAGAUGAGAUCUUUGGUAGAAAUUGAAGAGAGAUUUAAUGUCUUAGGCUGGAGAAUAUAUUGUCAAAGAGAUAGGACACCAUCCAAGAGAAUCACCUCAUGGUAAUGCCAGCACUUACAGAGCACAGCGUAGUGCAGAGCACUACAGAGGCUGCGGCUGGGUAGAGGGAGUUGGAAUUGGCCUUUAGGAUCUCACCCAAAAGAUGCCACGGCCAUGUAACAUGCGGGCAGGAGCUUCAUCCAGGCAGCUUGGGAAAA